CCGGCCGAGUUGGAGCGCCUUGGAAACACUUUGGAAUCACAUUUGUACUGCAGUACUUAGAAUGUGUCAGCUCGCAGCGUGACCAUUACUUACUGUCAUAUACAUACAUAUACAUAAACUCCCUUUGGACCGUGAUUUAUAUUAUGGACUCGUGCACGAGGACAUACACGUAGUACAUGGAGGGGGAGGGGAUGUCAAGGGUGUAUACGUGCGCGCGUGCGUUUCUCGGCUCCUGGUGCUUUCGUAGUGGUUGAGAAACCGAGGCUUCGGAUAUCUUCGAGACGCUCCGGCGGCUGUGCAACCGAUUCAAAUAUAUAAUAUAUAUAUAUAUAUAGGGAUACAAUAAUAAUACAUUUCCGGAGAAAUUCGAGGCAUUAGUUUUAUAAUGGCGAGCAACGGGGAAAGGCUGGAUCUGGACAAGCCGCUCUGGGACCAGAGCACCUUCCUGGGCAGGUGGAGGCACUUUGCCUGGGUCACGGAUUUCCGCACGUGCGUCAAGCCCGAGGAGGAGCUUUGGCGGGCGAAAGAACUUUGCGAAAAGUAUAGACUGGGCAAGGAGCCAGCCGGCACGACCAGAGAACAGAUCAUAUACGCGAAGAAGCUGUACGAGUCGUCGUUCCAUCCGGACACCGGGGAACUGCAAAAUGUUUUUGGCAGAAUGUCGUUCCAAGUGCCCGGUGGCAUGGCCAUCACUGGCGUCAUGCUACAAUUUUACAGGACAACGACGGCAGUUGUGUUCUGGCAAUGGGUGAACCAGUCGUUCAACGCGUUGGUGAACUACACGAACCGUAACGCCAACAGCCCGGUGACGACGAGCCAACUGGCGGUAGCUUACAUGAGCGCCACAACAGCCGCGAUGAUCACUGCCAUUGGAUGCAAGACUUUCUGGCAAAAAAGGGCGAAUCCCCUCAUGGCUAGAUACGUGCCGUUUGCUGCUGUGGCAGCCGCAAAUUGCGUCAAUAUUCCGCUCAUGAGGCAGAACGAGAUUCUAGGCGGUAUCGACCUAACGGAUGACGAGGGUAAAAAGCUCACCAAGUCAAAGCUGGCGGCUGUGAAAGGCAUUAGCCAGGUCGUGAUCUCGAGGAUUAUCAUGUGCGCACCGGGAAUGGUUCUACUGCCUCCAUUGAUGGAGAGUUUAGAGAAGAAGCGAUGGAUGCAAAGAAUCAAACCACUUCAUGGGCCUUUCCAAGUACUCAUGUGCGGUAUCUCAUUAACAUUGAUGGUGCCAACUGCCUGUGCCCUGUUUCCUCAAAAAUGUUCGAUUUCUACAAAAACACUGGAAAAGUAUGAGCCGGAAAAUUACGAAAUACUGAAAGCAAAUUGCAAAAAUGGAAAAAUACCAGAGUAUCUUUAUUUCAAUAAAGGUCUGUAAAUUAGUGAGCUAUAUAAAUGUACAUACCUAUAUUUUACAAGAGAAAAGCAAUUGAUGAAGUGGUAUACCAACACUAUCCUAAAGCAAGUUCAAAUGAGAAUAAAGAUUUUUAUUUUUAUGAUGUGUUACGAUCUUCUCUCCUUGAUGGAAUUCAAGAAAAUACAAUAAUUAGUGGUAAUUUGUCGAGUCUCAAAGUGAGAAUAAAAGUUAGAGUUGUGAAAUGGAUAUUUUAUGAUAUCUGAAAAUGUUUAAUUCAGAAAUCUAUGUUUUUGCUCUUGUCUUCCAAAUAAAAAGAAAUAAAGCAAAGUAGCACAUUACAUUACUGGUUGCAUUUAAUAGUUUGUUGUUUAUUUCUAAGAGGCAAUUUUUUAUUCGUUGCCUGAUGAAAAAAAAAAAAAAAA